CCUGCGCGGCGUGGCCCGGAAGGAGCCGUCAGCAGUUGGCGUUGGCGGGUGGUACUGGAGCCGGUCGGUGGCCAUGGCCGGGCAGAUGGCAGUGCUGGGCUCGGCUGUUCUGGCUCUCCUGUUAGCUGGCUAUCUAGCACAGCAAUAUUUACCGAAUCCUACACCAAAAGUGAUUGGGAUUGACCUUGGCACGACUUACUGCUCUGUUGGUGUCUUUCUUCCUGGAACAGGGCAGGUGAAGGUUAUUGCAGAUGAAAAUGGGCAUAACAGCAUACCAAGUAUAGUGUCUUUCACAGACAGAGAUGUGUAUGUAGGAUAUGAUGGCCUAGAACUGGCUGAUUCAAAUCCUCAGAAUACUAUAUAUGAUGCAAAAAGAUUCAUUGGGAAAAUCUUCACUUCAGAAGAACUGAAAAGUGAAAGUAGCAGGUAUCCCUUUAAGAUUUUCAACAACAAUGGAUCAGCCGAAUUUUCUGUGACAACUAAAGAAACCUUUCACAUCACUCCAGAGCAUAUUGGCUCUCAGCUGCUGCUGAAAUUGAAGAGAAUGGCAGAAGACUAUCUUGGCAUGCCCAUUUCGAAGGCCGUCAUUUCUGUGCCAGCAGAGUUUGAUGAAAGGCAACGGAAUUCUACCAUUGAGGCAGCAAACCUUGCAGGGCUAGAAAUUUUGCGAGUAAUCAAUGAACCCACGGCUGCAGCUAUGGCUUAUGGGCUCCACAAAGCUGAUGUGUUUAAUGUCUUGGUGGUGGAUUUGGGUGGAGGAACUUUGGAUGUGUCUCUGUUGAACAAGCAAGGAGGGAUGUUUCUCACACGAGCCAUGGCAGGUAACAACAAACUUGGAGGACAGGAUUUUAAUCAGAGAUUGAUGCAGUAUUUAUAUGAUCAGCUUCGUGAAAUGUAUGGUUCUCUACCAACAAGAAAAGAAGAAAUACAUCGCCUCAGACAGGCUGUGGAAGCAGUUAAAUUAAAUUUGACUGUUCAUGAGGCAGCUACACUAAGGGUGUUGUUGACUAUGCCAGAAAGGAAGCUUUCAAAAGAACAUCCAGAAAGUGUGGUAAAAACAAACACUGUGCUAAAAGGCAAGCCUUCACAAAACACAAAGGAUCUUGGAGAUACUUCAGAAGUAGAGAACAACUUUGUGAAAGUUGUGUUCGAAACAGAAAUCACUAGGAAGCUAUUUGAGAUGUUAAAUGAGGACCUUUUUGAGAAGAUUCUUGUGCCCAUUGAAGAAGUGUUGAAGGAAGGCCACCUACACAAAGCAGAAGUGGAUGAAAUUGUGUUAGUUGGAGGCUCCACCCGUAUCCCUCAGAUACGGAAAGUUAUUCAGGAUUUCUUUGGAAAGGAACCUAACACCUCUGUAGAUCCUGAUCUAGCAGUUGUAAUGGGUGUAGCUAUCCAAGCAGGGAUUGUUGGUGGGUCCUGGCCUCUCCAAGUCAGCGCUAUAGAACUUCCUAAUAAGCAUUUACGGAAGACUAAUUUUAACUGAAAAGGAACUCUUUCCCAUUGCAUUCCAUCUCUCCAAAAGCGUACUCCUAUGAUGUGUACUUUAUCUGACUGGCAGUGGAGCCUAAUCUUAGGCCUAACUGUAUUAAAGCUAGCUGUUACUUUAAUGGUACAAGAGGUUUUUGAAUUUCUGAAGUGUCCUGUAUUUGUUUGUAGAUUGUCUGUUGGAUGAAGUGCUAGUGAUGACACACUUACAGUUUCUUGCUAAAUUUUAUUAGCAAAUCCUGAAAAGAUGUGUGUUUAAAAUACAAAGGGAGUGUGACCAAAGGUUAGAGGUAAUGUGGUAUGGUACUGUAGGUAUUCCCAGGUCCAAUAUAUAUACUUAGAAAGAAUGUGAAGCAGUGUUAGUGCACAUAGCACUAACAGUGUUGAGCUUAAACCUAUUUAUUAAAUUGAGUCAUUUGAGCAUUUAAGCACCUUUCUAAAAGGCAUGUUGCAGCUUGAAUGAGACUUAGGCAUUCAGUUGAUUCUUCUGCUGUUCAUAACAGCAUAAUUGUAUUACUGAGGCUAUGUGGCAAACAGCCUCAUAUUUCAUUGGAAUUGUAUUUAUGUCUCUCAUGGUUUACUUCCUGAGCUGGUUUUGAUGGUUAGCAUACAGGUGCUGUUUCAUACCACUGAUGUUCUCCACAAAGAACAAGAGUGUAUUGCCAACUAUUUAUACAUUCUCCGCCUUAUUUGAAAACUGCCAUAAUUUUAUGUAUCUUAAAGCCACACCUGUGUAUCUUCCCUUGAAUUUGACCAACACACAUUACACUGUUGCACAUCUGCAAGUGCGGGAUGUCUUUCUCUGAGAAUCCCAACGCAUACUGCUUUCAGGGAGAGAGGAUGAGAUGGAAGGGACGGCCUGGAUGAAGUCUAGAACCUGUAGUCUUAGUAAAUGAAGAUUCGUCCAAUUCUUUUGUACUUCUUAGCUUGUAUCUCUGGUUUAAGUUUUGUCAUAUUCCUACUCUUAAACUGAACAUAGAUCAGAGAUAGUAGCUGUUCUUUAGGGAAGGGAGCAGUGUGUGAAACUGAGGAUUUGAGGCAGCACUUCUUAGGACUUUAUUUUAGUCAUAUGUUUUGUCAUGCAGCUAUCUAGCAAAAGCACAAGCAGAAAAAAAAUAAUCUGGAAAAGAAAAUUUAUGACAGUGCUGCUCCCUUUGGAGAAUUAUAUCAGUAUUAAAGGCCAGUUAAAUUCUUUUCAUUGUAGAAAGUUCUGCAUAGAUAAAGUGCUUCAUUCAGCUAAGACUGGCUUCCACAUCUGUCCUGCCCGGUCUUAAUCAGGUAAGCUCUACUAACAGGUGAUGCUCCAGAAUAAUUCUAUUUGUAUUAAGCUUGCCAACAUAAAGUGUGGGGCUUAGAUUUAUUGUUUAACCUAUGACUGUAUUACAAUAGGCUUAUUAUUAUCCUGGCAGUAGGCCUCAUUUAUGGCACUACUGUAGAUCAACUGUGCUGAUUCAGCUUUUUUCAUAGUUCUUGUCUGAACAAAUCUUUGAAGUAAUCCAAUUUAAAACCUCUUAAAUUGAAUUGUAGUUGCACACAACCAUUCUGCCGGCAUUGUUUAGCUUCACAGCAGGAUCGCAAUAUAUUGCUAACAUCUAUUUAAUUUCACUGAGUUGAAAACCAAAGUUUUUUUUUUUAAUUUGAGAUUUGUUUUCUUUGUGAAGUGACCCUGCCUCUAAGGCUGCAUGGAACUUCCAGUAACGUGUUAAUGUGUCCAGAAGAAAAUUGCACAGUUAUAAAGAGUGACUGGUUAGGGACUAAGUUGACUAUAACUAAAAUUCCUGUGUUGAAAGAAGUGCCUCUUCAAUGAAAUCGUGGAUGAAUGCCAAUAUACAGUACAGUUCUCAUAUGCUGUUGCCAUUCGAGGCCUUUGCUUUGCAGGUACAAAUGUAUGCAUUUAAUUUAGCAUAUGUUCCAAUGUCUUUGGAGUCAUUGUGGCCUUUCUUUUUGCCCUGCUGUAAAUUCAUCUCGAAGUCUACUGGAGUUACAGUAGGUCUUCAGUUGUUAUUUUUUUUUUUUAAUGCACUGUAAAAUGAGCAGACCUAUAUAAAAACAGAACUACAUUGCAGUGAAGUUAAAACUAUUAAAUGCUGCUUGCAAUUCUGGAAAAAGUGAGGUAGGAGUGUGGGAUUAAUUUUAAACUCUUAAACUUUUAAUGCAAAUAAAUGAAGUACUUUUUUCUUUCAUAUGCUUCUUGACUCUGGAGGUGUUAAAUUUCCUUCAGUGUUAAUCUGAGAAUUGUAAGAGAAGGAUCAGUUGUUUACUUGUAAAAGAAAUCAUAAAAGGGUAUUUAUUCAGAUUUCCAUACAGAUAUUUUUUUUUAGUAAAGAAGUUACUGUACAUUGUAUACUCAAUGCAUCCUUAUUUAUUAAAUAACUGUUGUGUGAUUUCUACAGUCAGAUUAUUUAUUUUAUAUCUUUUGAUUUUGGUACUGUAUUUUGGCACAAACCAUUGAAUUUUAAAGACAAAUCCACUGUACUAAGUGGGUAUUUCCAGGUACGCACACGUAUUGCUUAUCAAAAGUCUCUUAAAACAAGUAGAUAUUUGAAGGCUGAAAUCUUUCUACGAACAGUGCUUGAAAUCUGAGUAUGGUUGCUUAUGGUGUUGGGUGUGCAACAAUUUAUAUAGCUAAAGCUUGUGCGGCGAGUUGAAAUUCUCAAAGUAUGAGAUGCCUCACUAAUUGUGUGUUCCUGAAUUGUUUCCAAGUGCAGAUGAUUAAAUGCAUUUUAUAAACAACCUUUUAGAAUGUUUUUAAUAAAAGCAAUUUCUGUCUCUUGGAUAAGUCUUGUU